AUGGCUGUCCUGUCACUAGCGUUGCUUCUUGUAGGAUUUAUAGUGACUUCAGCUGACAAGGCUGGUGAAAAAGACAAAAAGGAGGAUGAACUAAAGAGCAGGUUGACGGAAUAUGGCCUGGUAACUCCCUUCAGCACCGACUCCCACGGACAUUACCUGUCACACUUGCUGUCCGCCACUCACAAACAGCGUGUAAAGAGGGAGGUGUUUUCUUCCAGUGAAUCCGAGCAGAAGCUUUUCUUCAACAUCACCGCCUUCGGUAAAGAGUUCCAUCUACGCUUGCACCCGAACAACAGGCUGGUGGCGCCGGGCGCGAUGGUGGAGUGGCACGACGAGGUCGAAGGCUUUGGGAAUGUCAGCGAAAGCAUUAGCGACGCCGGCGGUGCGGGCGCCAACCAGACUGAACCAACCGGCAUGACGGAGAGGAUACUUCGCCGUGAGCUGCUAAAGACAGACUGCACCUUUAUCGGUGACAUCACAGACGUCCCUGGGGCCUCGGUUGCCAUUAACAACUGUGACGGAUUGGCUGGGAUGAUCCGCACCGACUCGGACGAGUACUUCAUCGAGCCGCUGGAGAGAGGCACCCAGGAGCUGGAGGACCAGGGCAGAGUCCAUGUAGUUUACCGCAGGUCGGCUGUGCUGAAGGACCCCUCCGACAUCUCUGUGGACUACCAGCAGCAAGAGGUGGAUGUUCCAGAGCUGGAUGUUCCCGGAGCUCUCGACUCUGUAGCCAAGCAGGUGAACGAGACAGUCCGCCGCCGCCGCCGCCGUGAUGCCGGAGAGGAUGACUACAACAUUGAAAUCCUGCUGGGAGUUGAUGACUCUGUGGUUCGUUUUCACGGAAAGGAGCAUGUGCAGAAUUACCUCCUCACUCUCAUGAAUAUCGUGAAUGAGAUUUACCACGAUGAGUCGCUGGGAGUCCACAUCAACGUGGUCCUGGUCAGGAUGAUCAUGCUCGGGUAUGCCAAGUCCAUCAGCCUCAUUGAAAGAGGCAACCCGUCACGGAGCCUGGAGAAUGUGUGCCGCUGGGCAUUUGUGCAGCAGAAAGGCGACCCUGAUCAUGCUGAACACCACGACCACGCAAUUUUCCUCACUCGCCAAGGUUUUGGCCCCACAGGGAUGCAGGGUUACGCUCCAGUCACAGGAAUGUGCCACCCAGUCCGGAGCUGCACCCUCAACCACGAAGACGGCUUCUCCUCAGCCUUUGUUGUGGCUCACGAGACCGGACAUGAGCUGAAGAGAUACAUCCACACAUAUGAAUGUCUCCUGGAUGAUCCCUUCAAACACGACUGGCCGCAGCUUCCUGAACUCCCUGGCAUCAACUAUUCGAUGGAUGAGCAGUGUCGAUUUGACUUUGGCGUGGGCUAUAAGAUCUGCACUUCAUUUCGUACAUUUGACCCGUGUAAACAGCUCUGGUGCAGUCACCCAGACAACCCUUACUUCUGCAAAACCAAGAAGGGUCCGCCUCUUGAUGGAACUGAAUGUGCUCCUGGAAAAUGGUGCUACAAAGGUCACUGCAUGUGGAAAAACCCAAAUCAGGUCAAGCAAGAUGGCGCCUGGGGCUCCUGGAGCAAAUUUGGCUCCUGCUCUCGCUCUUGUGGAACCGGCGUUCGCUUCCGGACACGUCAGUGCAACAACCCGGCUCCCUCCAACGGUGGCCAGGACUGCCCGGGAGUAAACUACGAGUAUCAACUCUGCAACACUGACGACUGCCCAAAACACUUUGAGGAUUUCCGAGCCCAGCAGUGCCAGCUCCGAAACUCUCACUUUGAGUUCCAAAGUGCCAAACACCACUGGCUUCCCUACGAGCAUCCCGACACCAACAAGAGGUGCCAUUUGUACUGCCAGUCAAAGGAGACCGGAGACGUGGCGUACAUGAAGCAGCUGGUGCAUGAUGGGACACGUUGCUCCUAUAAGGAUGCCUACGAUAUCUGCGUGCGUGGAGAAUGUGUGAAAGUUGGCUGCGACAGAGAAAUCGGCUCCAACAAAGUGGAGGACAAAUGUGGCGUUUGUGGUGGGGACAACUCCCACUGCCGCACCGUUAAAGGAACCUUCACCCGAACACCAAAGAAAGCUGGGAAGACCAGAGGAGCCUUCUCUUUGCCCAAAGGAGCUCGAAAUGUGUUUUUAAAUGAAUCGGAAGACUUUAGAAAUGUACUUGGUUACCUUAAGAUGUUUCUCAUUCCUCCUGGAAGUAGACAUGUGAUCAUCCAAGAACAUGAGGCCUUCCCUCAAAUUCUUGCGAUCAAGAACCAGGCAACAGGGCAUUACAUUCUCAACGGGAAAGGAGAGGAGAUCAAGUCCAGAAGCUUCAUUGACUUGGGCGUGGAGUGGCACUACAUCAUCGAAGACGAAGUGGAGACUCUGCAAACUGACGGACCUCUGCAUGACCCCGUGGUGGUCCUGAUUAUACCCAAGGACAAUGAGACACGAUCUACAUUAAUGUACAAGUACAUCAUCCAUGAAGAUUCAGUGCCUGUCAACAACAACAAUGUCCUCCAGGAGGAUACAUACGAGUGGGCUCUGAAGAGCUGGUCUCCGUGUUCCAAGCCUUGUGCCGGAGGGUUUCAGUACACCAAAUACGGCUGUCGAAAGAAGGGUGACACCAAAAUGGUCCAUCGAGGCUACUGCGACGCCAGCAAGAAACCAAAACCAAUCCGCAGAAUGUGUAACCUUCAGGACUGCACACAACCUCAAUGGAUGUCAGAGGAAUGGGAGUAUUGUACCAAAACCUGCGGCAGCCUGGGCUUUCAGAUCCGGACCGUUCGCUGCGUCCAGUUUCUCCACGACAGCACCAACCGCUCCGUCCACAGCAAAUACUGCAGCGGAGAGAAGCCGGAGAGCCGGAGACCCUGUAACAGAGUCCCCUGUCCUGCUCAGUGGCGGACCGGAGCCUGGUCAGAGUGCUCUGUGACCUGUGGCGAGGGAAUGGAGAGACGUCUGGUCACUUGCCGGAUCGGAGACCAAUGUAACGGAGACAAACCUGAAAAUGUAAGACCGUGCAGACCGGGACCUUGCCACGAUGAGCCGUGCAAUGGAGACAAGUCCAUCUUCUGCCAAAUGGAGGUCCUAGCACGUUACUGCUCCAUCCCAGGCUACAACAAACUGUGCUGCGACUCCUGCCACAAGCGCAACGGAGCGAUGUCUCUGUUCUCCGAGGCGGCCGAGACGGAGGAGCAUAUCCGCUUUGGGUCAGCCUCCCAGCUGCUAGAGACAUUAACGGCCUCUGUAGCAGCCAAUGGUACUCGCAGCGGUAAACAAGGCUCAGGCAAAGGAUCUGCAACAUCAGGCAAUGCUGCAAAACACAUCACCACCCCCGCACCGAUCAAGAAAACCCCAUCAAAGAUCACAACGGCACCGAGGCGGGUUCCACGGCACAUGGGACUCACUGGCAGGAAGCUGCCCGUUAUGGCACCUUCUACCCUGGAUGAUCCUGCUGAGGGUCAAAGGUCAAGCAGCUUCACAGAUAGUCAAUGGCCCAGAGUACACUCUGAAGUGGAGCGAUGAAAGUGACACCUUCCUCUUCAGGACUCUAAAUGUACAGUAGA